AAAACAAAUGCCUUUUAUCUAAUUGUAAUAAAAUCAUUGAUCUAGUAGUAUUUGAACAAAGGUUUUUUGAAUCAUCAUCUCAGUCUAGUAGAACUUCUGCUCUUGCAGAAAUAUUAGGUGAUAACUUUGAAUUAGAUUCUCCAAUGGCUAAAAAGUGUGUUAGUGAUGCUAGUAAUAAGUUAAGUAAAAAAGUAAGAAAGCAGGUUAAAAAAGAAGAUUCACCUACAUUAAAAAAACUUAUAAGUGAAUUAACUACUGAUGUUUCUGAAAUCUCAAAAGUUAAUGUAACAUAUAAUAAAAAUGCUAUAAAUUUUUUACAGCUCAAUGAUAAUAUUACCUAUGUAGAAUCCAAAAAUGAAAGCACAAAUCAGGAACUCAUUCAGUGUUAUUACUCCUUUGGGAAUAGUUUAUCAAUGCACAUAAAUUAUUAUAAAAAUUUGAAACAUGGAGACUUAGCAUCCCAAGCAUUAGUUAAUGAAGAGGUUCGGGAACAAAUUGGUGAAAAAAUUUCUAAUGAUACUCUUCAUAAAAGAACUGAAAAGGUGCGGAAAAUAUAUGCUCUUUUUAAUAGUAUUUUUAAAGAUAGGGAAAAAGAAAUGAUAGUUCGUAUUAAAACAUUUUCAACAUCAUCUAUAUCAAAAUUAAGUUGGGAAGAGAUUGAAUACAUAAUAGCCAGGGUAAUUCGUUCUAAUCAAUAA